UUACUUUUAUCUCUAAAUUAAAAAAUUGUUUUACGCUUCUCACAGUUUCCGUCAUGCUGGAUGCCUAUGGUAAUCCCAUAAUGUUCCUGAGGGACAAAAGGACAGCCGCUCAUCCUUAUCCGCACAGGGCGAUGAUGUUCACCGGAUAUUACAGGCCGAUACGUCGUUCGAGUAACGGCGACCAGGCAACGGGCGUUUUCGCGCAAGGAAAUGCCGUAAGCGGCGAGGCUUUCUUCGGCGGUGUGCAUACGCCGCAUCUUAAAGGUGGUCCGGAACCGAUCGAGGAAUCAGAAGUAUCCAGUGCUGAAGCGCAAGCAGCGCCGGCAUCCGAAGAGGAGCAGGACCACGAGCAGUUACCACAAGGACAUCAUCAGAACGAAGUACACCAUCAUGAUCACGAGCAUCGACAUUACGAUGAUGAGGUACAACACGAUCAUCAUCAUUCAGAUUCCUUAAUAAGCUUAUCUCUUACUGAGCAUCACGAACCUGAACAGAUUCCACUAACCACGGAGGUUACGCAAUCGGCUGAAGAACCGGUUGUUACUAGUACGGAAAUAUCCGUAGCUCGACCAAAAGUGCAUCAUACGAAGAAGACGCAUAAAACGCCCGUGAUUGUCGACACCGACAACGAUGACGAUGAAGAGGAAGUGGACGAUGAAGAGGACGAACCGAUCGUACCAUUUGUGCCUUUCAAAGGCAACAAGCGUCGCCAGGGAUAUCCUAACUUGAACAAUUUCUUUCCCAUGGUCUUCAGCUUUCCGAGAGUGGCCUCUCGCGCUGGAUCCUCCGGUUCUCCUCCCGGAACUAUUACAGCCAUCGCAAAUAGUUAUUCUACGGGAAAAGGUGGAGUCGCCAGCUCGGUGGCUACGGCUUAUGGCGGGUCUCCUACUGGAAAGAAACGACGUCCGCAUCACAGUGUGAUCAGCAUCGGCAGAAUGUCAAGGAUCGCGAGUUAUUUGUUCGUCGCGCUACUCAUCGCGGUUGCAGUUGCCUUCCCGACGAACGAUCUUCAGCCACAGCCACCUCAAGGUUUGCAAGGAAUAAUAAUAAGAGCAGCCUUACCGGAAGUCGUCCGUGUUAAGCGUUACGGAUACAGAGGAUACGGUGGAUACGGUGGAUACGGUGGCUAUCAUGGUCAUCACGGUUUUGGAGGACAUAGAGGAUUUGGAGGACAUGGAGGACAUGGAUGUUUUGGAGGAUGCGGCGGAUUAGGAGGACACCGCGGAUACGGUGGUGGCAACUCUUUUGCCAAUAGUGGAGCUCAUGCCGGUUCUAUAAGCACACCAUUUGGAAGCGCUUCCUUCGCAAGUUCCUUUGCCAAUUCUGGCUUUGAUUGCUCAAUCCUCCACGCUGAUACUCAACUCCUAAAGAUAAAAACCAUCGAAGAGAAUCAAAUGGCAAAGGUGUUGUUAAUAUCAGAAACAGUGGUCCAUAAUAAAAAUGUGAACAUUAUCAUGAAUGUGAACGCGAGAGAUGUUGCUAAGGAAUUAUGGAAACUAAUGAAGACUCGCUUAAACAAUGGCACCAGCAAUUUUAUCAGCGAAGAGAACAUUAUCGAAGAUCUGGAAAAUGCUGUGAAACCCUUUGUAUCACCUACUAGAAGAGGCAUGUCCCAGUUGCACGCUUACCAAGUGGCCACUGAUCUCGAUCAGAUUAUUCGGACAGCAUAUAUUAGAAAUUUUCCAAAUAUGAACAUGUUGGAUAUAGAGAUCGCGACAAGAAAUAUUGCCGCGAAUAUGAUGGCCAUGUUAAAAGUACUUCUCUCGAAAAACUUAGUUCGAUCGCAAAGUGACGAGAUGGGCUUAUCCGGCAGAAGAAUGAUUUACGCUUCACCAAACGACGACAAGCAAAAUGAUUAUGUGGAUAUUAAAAUCAAGAUACGCAGAGAAGACAUUCUUAAUGCUGUUCAAAGCAGGAUGUCGGAACGACGAAGUACUACGCCAACUGGGAGGGAUCAGCCAAGCGUCGGCGUCGGCGCCGAGCGAUCAACUAGUAUAAGCAUUCGUGCUGGCGCGACGCUCAUGAAAAGCGUUUCCAUAUUCCUGACAAGCGGUCGUAAAGCGUCCGGGAAUUCGAAGCGGCAGAUAUCUGCUGGCAAGAACGAGCCAUCGAGAAGAAGACAUCGUAGAAAAAUGCCGGAUGGCGGAAGUGGUAGGAAUUCCGCCUACAUUACCAAAGUGAUUGAAUCCCUUAAAAAGAAAACAAAAUUCUCCAAAAGGGAACUGGAUAAUCUUUGCAAACUUUACAAGAAGUUAGCUAUCAACACCGGCCAACAACAACAACAACAACAACAAGUUGGGCGUUCAAUAUCUACGGGGAAAAAAUCGCAAUCAAGGCCAGCUGUCGAAGGAAUUGAUAGAACUAUUUUUCGAGAACUACUUCAUAACACAUUCCAUGUGAUCACGGAGGAUACUUUGAUAGAACGUUUGUUCUGUUGUUGGGAUCGAGAGAUCGAGGGUGCCAUCAGAUUGGAGCCAUGGAUCAUGGGACUUGACGUAUUUGUGCGAGGCAGUUUACAUGAUAGAAUUUUUUUUUGUUUCCGUGUGUACGAUCUGAACAACGAUGGAUACAUCACAAAAGAUGAAAUCUUUCAAUUACUUAAAAAUUGUCUAAUAAAGCAACCUGGAGAAGAAGAUCCGGAUGAAGGAGUAAAAGAUUUAUCGGAACUGGCCUUAAAAAAGCUUGAUAUCGAUCACGAUGGCAAAAUUUCGUUUCGGGAUUACGAAACGGCAGUCAAAGCAGAACCAUUAAUGUUGGAAGGAUUUGGACAUUGUUUACCCACUGAAGAAAGCUGCGCAGCUUUUUUAAAGACUCUUCAAUCUUAAAAAUACACAUAGACUUACGUUUCUAUAGCUCCAUAAUACACAUUUUAUUUAAUGCAAAAUAUUUGUAACAAUGCAAUUUUAAUGCAAAAAUUUAAUGCAAAAUAUUUGAACAAUGUAAUUUUAACAUAAAAAUUGUUAUUUUACAUAGAUAUUAUCUAUUUCUUUUCUUCAUUUUCUUCCUAUUAUAACAUGUCACAUAAAGUGAUAUAUUUAUCGAUAAGUGCAAUUACAAUAGGCAGUAAGUCAGAUUGAAUACUUGUAUGUGUAAUCGAGCAGAGAACGUAUAAAUACAAUUGCUAUAAUAUUGAAACAGG